GUGUUUGCCGGACCGCCACAGCUGGUAGACGUGUCGCGGCCCACUCUGUCUGCAUUCCCUCACGAUCUUAACUACGCUACAAUUUAUAAAAGAAAAACAAUUUUGUAUUUUUUUCAUUCAAGACUUAGGAGGACAGCUGCCGGUUACCUUCUUUGUGCAUGCUGAACGUAAUAAGGAAAUUCUGGACGAUGAAGCCACCGGUGAAUGCUGCCCUGCUGCAUGAUGUCGAUGUCCCAACGAAAAAAGCUACCUUCGGCAUGGGCUGCUUUUGGUCCAACGACUCCCUCUUUGGCGCUACUCGUGGCGUGAUACGCACUCGCGUCGGGUACUCUGGAGGUACAACUAAGAAUCCACAUUAUAGAAAUAUUGGUGACCACACAGAAGUGAUCGAGCUUGACUUUGACCCAAAGACAGUCACGUAUGUAGAUCUUCUGGACAUGUUCUGGGACAAUCACGAGUAUGGACUUACUACGAAGCUAAAGAGACAGUAUCAAUCCAUGAUUCUGUACCACGACGAGGAGCAGCGCGAGGCAGCCGAGGCAUCUUACAAGAAAAUGCAAGUACGCUGCAAUGGCCAGUUGAGAACGGAGAUCGCCCCUGCAGGAAUAUUUUAUUCCGCUGAAGAUUACCACCAAAAGUAUCGCCUUCAAGGUCACAAGGAUCUAUGCCGUAGUAUCGGCCUGGAUUCGGCUAAGCUCCAGACGUCGCACCUCGCAGCACGACUCAACGGCUAUUUAGUAGGAGUCGGCGGCAAAUCGCAGUUCGAAGAGGAAGUCGGCAAAUUAGGACUAAAUGAGAAACAGGCAGAUUACGUUAGACGAGAGCUCGAGCGCAAUGAGGGUGGUGGUUUGGCGUGCUAGCUGCAUUCCCGUAAGGGGGAAGAUUUGCGUUGUAUUAUCCUUUAAUCUUAGUGAUCAUUACAUGAUUAGUUAUGCAAAAACACAUACAAAUAGUUAAAAGCCUUUACACAUAUUUUUUAGUGUUUUGUUAAUUGUUUUGGAACUGCUAUUGUAGCCUAUUCUUUGGAUCUUAAUUACGUAUGUUUGUUUUUCAAACUAAUCCAACAUUUCCGACCUUUUGUAGGUUGACCAUUAGGUCACGGGUGGUCAAAGUCAAAGUCAAAGAUUAUUUAUUCCAUAGGUAAAAUAAAUUUACACCUGAAAACGUCACAUUUAAGCUACUGCUCGUUCACUACGCUGACCUCC